AUGAGUGGAAAGAAAGAGCUCUUGGUGGAUGACAGUUAUGGAGAGUUUAACAGGAGGAAAAUGAACGCUAUAAGGCAGUGUCUUCAGAUACUAGAAGAGGAUUUUACAGAAUCAAAACAGAGAUGCAGUAAUUUCUGUCAUAUAUCAAAAGCUAUGCGAGUGAGAGGAAACAAUAUUCGCAGCCAAGUGUUUUCUUCACUUGCUUCUGCAGCACUUCAUGAUGAUGGGAAGGAUGAAGACACUGAUUUAUUUGGUUUUUCUGCAGAUAUCAAAACUGAUUAUAAACCUGAGGUGUGUGGUGACAACACACAAAGGCUAACAAGGCAUUUCAGUCACAAUACUGAAGGAAAUGUUGCGCACCUAGUUUCUUCAACCAGUGGGCUGAGGGAGAAGCCAACUUUAGCUCCAUCAGCAGACAUGGACAGAAAAACUAUGGAAGAUAUUGAUGAAACUUUGAGCAUAGCCACUUGUAAUCUUGGCCACUUACAUGAUGCAGAUGAGGUGCUGAACCACUUGGAAUUGAAAGUGAAGCAGGAAGGAGACAAAGUUGCAGAAACUGUAGAUGGAAUGUUUUAUGAACUUAUUAGUUCUCUACUGUCAAGGAAAAAGAAGUUAUGUGCAGAGUUAGUGAAGAGCAUUGAAGACUACAACGCUAGUAUUGCAAAAGCUAAGGAAGUCAUUGAAGAGAAGAAAAAGUGCUUGAUUGGUGCCAUUAGGAUUGCAAAAGAAAUAAAAAUUGCACCUUUUGUAAGAACCUAUUGUGAUCUUGCUCAGGUUAUGUAUAAUUUAAAGUUGCCAGUUGAUGCUGAGCUCUCAACAGUGAAUAGUUUGAAGGAAGAAGUAUCUCCAAGGUUCUUCCUAGACAUGGAUAAGAUUACAUCUUUGUUUAAAAAUCUGGGCAAGAUUGAAUGGGGAACAACAGGGCAUAAAGAUGAUGGACAAGAUGCUCUUACCCUUGAUGACAAAGAGAAAAUGCCAGGCUGCCAUAUUCAAUCAUCUGUAGAGAAUGUAUUUCCAGCACUUAGCAGAGAAAGGAAAGUACAGGUGCUUGCAAAUAAACUUGGUGUUCACAAAGAAGUGAAAAAUUUGCAAGUACAAGAAACGCUUCCUAUGGUAUGUCACCAGAGAAUUCCUGCACUACCCAAGUCUCCAGCCAGCCCUGAUGUCAUAAUAGAAGAGAUACUUGAAGAUGAAAUGGACAAGUCUCCUACAGAAUAUCAUGCUGAUGAACAGAGGAAGAAACUCUUCAAGAGGGAAACCCCUUUUCAACACAAAGCUGGUUCAACAGAGCUAGUGUUUGUAAGCCAUGUUAUAAAUCCGUGCCACUUCUAUGUUCAGAGAUACUCACAGAAGAAAAAAGUAAUGGUUUUGGAGAAGAAAUUGAAAACCUUUUGCUGUAAUAGGAGUUCUUACCUCUUGCCUUCAGACGUUUUGGAAAUAGGUGCUAGAACUUUUAUUAAGAGUAAGGAAACUGGAGUGUGGUGCCGUGGAACUGUCACUGAACUAAUUCCCCUAAAUAGUAAAAAUGAGAGAAAGUUUUGUGGUCCAAUAAGAUACAAAGUUUGUGAUCUUGCACUGAUGGAAGUAUUUCUGACUGAUAUCGGGAGCUCUGUAGCUCUGAUUUUCUCAGGAUAUGUCCCUGCUGAAAAGCCUGAACCUUAUCCUCUGCAAAUUAUUGAAACUGAUGACAUUAGUUUGUUUGUAAGGAAGCCUGAUCAGCAUAUUGAGGCAGAACUUGCAACUGUUCCUCCUUUAGCAGUACAGUGUUCAUUGAAGGAUGUUGUUCCCAAAAAUGCAAGCAAAGGUUGGGAAGAGGAAGCAAAGACAAAAUUUUUGGAAAUGGUAAAUAAUAAGGUUGUUUUAAUGGUCAUAUUUAGAGAAGAAGAUGGUGUUCUCAUUGUGGAUUUGAAAAAACCUCCAUUUAAUAAAAUAAGUAGUAGCAUGCCAGUAUCUCUCACGGAUGCAUUAGUUUUCUUAGACUUGGCAAGGUUUAGAUUACAGAUUCCCAGUAUGCAGUAUAGUCCACCCAAGAUUCCACAAGAAACAGAAAUCUUUGUUGUAGUUUGUCACAUUAAUAGUCCAAGUGAUUUCUAUCUCCAGUUGGUAAAAAGCCUCGAUUCUUUAGACCUGCCAAAGAAAAUUCAGGAGGUGUAUAAAAAUGAGUAUGGGAAAAACCUGGAAAUUGUCUGCCCAGUAGAAGGGCAAGCCUGUAUUGCAAAACAGGAAGAUGGGAAUUGGUACAGAGCUCAGAUUAUAGGGCUGCCAAGUCAUCAGGAAGUCAUGGUAAAAUAUGUUGACUUUGGCAAUGUUGCUAACUUAACUCUUAAAGACAUACGCAGAAUCAAAACGGAGUUUCUCAGCUUUCCAGAACAGGCCAUCAGGUGCAAGCUGGCUCACAUCAAACCUUAUAAGGAGGCAAAUGAGUGGAGCAGAAAAGCCAAGGCAAGAUUUGAAGAAAUGACUGAAGAAAAAUUUAUGCUGUGUACAGUUGUUCAAAUCUUAGAUAACAACAUUUUAUCUGUUGAACUCUUUGACUCUGCCGUUCAUGGAAGAAGCCGUAGUAUUAAUUGCCAACUAGUUAAAGAAGACCUAGCAUCCUACAUACAUGGAUACACUGGAAGUGCUGUUUUAAGGUCUAAUGAAAUAUGGGAUGCUCCUCUAGAACAAAUUCCUGAAACCUCCGAAACUUCAGAACCUACAGGCAUGGAAUCUGUGGAUGAAGGAGAUGUCAAAUCACUUGGUAAAAAAGAACUAGAAGGAAGAGUUAGUCACGUUGUGUCUCCUGGUAAAAUUUUUAUUCAGUGGCUGUCAUCAGAAAGUACACUGAAAAGUUUACAGAAGAAGAUGGCUGCCAUCUACAACAAAUCGCAGCCACAGUCCAUGAAGUGGGAAAGUGGAAUGCACUGUGCUGUUUAUAUAUGUGAUUUGGAACGGUGGCAAAGAGGUCAAAUAAGCAGGAUUGUCUCUGAAAGAAGUGCAGAGGUGCUACUUUAUGAUUCUGGAGCUGAAAAAACAGUGGAUAUCAGCUGUCUAAGAGAACUUCAGGAAAAUAUGAAGAAAAUUAGGACAUUGGGAGUAGAAUGUUUCUUGGCAGAUAUAAGGCCAACAGGUGGAAGCACACAGUGGACAGCAACAGUGUGUGAAUGCUUAUCCUAUUAUCUAACUGGGGCACAAGUAAAAGUGAUCAUACAGGAGAGUGAUGUGGCUUGUGCAUUGCCUGUGAAAAUUUUUUGCAGAGGUGAAAUGGGAGAAGUGAUGGAUGUUUCAGAACACCUUAUUCAGAAGGGAUUGGCUUUUAGAAACAGAAGAAUUGAUAAAGCUGAUGUGGCUUGCUCAAUCUCCAAGGAACAUCUUAAAGUACCUUUAAAGCAGGAGAGUGCGCGAGUGGAUGAUUGUAAUUCAGCAACUGCAUGUGCAAAAACCCAUGCUGCUCCAGAGCAAAACAUCACUGUUUCAGAGAGUGAACAAAAAUCAAGUGAAACAUACGAGGCACUGCUUCGUUCAGGAAUGGAUGAGAUAUAUAAACCUCCCCCCAUACCUGAAGAAAAAGUUUUUCAAGCUGUAGUGAGUUGCGUUGGACACGAUGGAACUAUUUAUAUAAUACCAAAAUCUUAUGAAACUGAACUAAACAAAUUGAUGGCUGAAAUACAAAGUUACUUCAAAUGCCUUGGUCUUCUGGAACCCUACUGCUGGAAAAAGGGAGAGCCUUGUGUUGUAAGAGGAUCAGAUACCAUGUGGUAUCGAGGUAAAGUUGUAGAAGUUGGUGGUGGUGCCCUCCAGGUACAUUACAUAGACCAUGGUUGCACAGAGAGGAUUCCUCAGUGUCAUCUGUAUCCAACUACAUUGUAUACUGCUGUUCCUCCAUUUUGCAUACCAUGUCAGCUCUACAAGACAGUACCAAUCGGAAAUUUUUGGCAGCAGGAUGCAGUAGAUUGCCUUCAAGAGCUGCUUACAAAUGAAGAGGUUGAAGUACAUGUUCAGGAGUUACCAGAUAACCCAUGGGGCAAGCUGUCCAUCAGCCUGUAUUUUGGUGGAGUGUCACUUUCUUCCUUCAUGGCAUACCACAAGUACUGUGUUGCUGAAGAUUGUCUGGACAUACCAGAGGUGGUGAGAUUUUAUGUGUGUGUGUCUUUUGCUCUACUUCAAGGAGACAUUCCUGUUUUACCUUCAUACCCAUUGCCACCACUGCCUGUUCCAGGAGAUACCUUUCCUGUCAGAGUUACCCAUUUAGUGUCCCCUAAGGAGGUAUAUAUUUGCCUUGAUCCUUCCAAGAACCUUAUGAGGCAGUCUACCACCGAGGGAGAUCCCAACUGUGACUCAGAGAUGGAGAACCUUGAUGAAGCCCUGAAAUGGUGCAAUAAAAGUGUGGAGUCUUUCCCUCUUGUAUCACACUACCAAAUAGAUGUGCCUUGCCUUGCAGAAUACCAGGAUGGUUUAUGGUAUAGAGCAAAGAUCCUCUCCAUUGAAGAAUUUAACCCUGUUAAGAUUCUGGUUCAGUUUGUUGACUAUGGUAGUUUUUCAGUUGUCCCAACAAGCAGAUUGCGUCAAAUACCUUAUCAUCUGCUGAAGUAUCCUGUUCAGUCAGUCCGAGCUCUAUUGUCUGGAUUUAAACCUGCUUUAUAUGAAGAAAAUGUGGAAAGAAUUCCUUACUGCCCUGAAUGGAGUAUGGAAACACUGUGGGCUAUGAUGGACUGUGUUGAAGGAAAACAGCUCUCUGCUUCCAUACUUGCUCUUACACCAGAGGUGACCAUUUCUUUGUACGAUGAUGACAAAAAUCUAGUUCAUAUGAAACUGGUAGAAAUGGGACUUGCAGAUUUGGAGGAGUGA